UUUGCCUCUCUUCUCACAGGUUUUGUGUGUUGAAUUGUUGAAUUGUGAGGGUUGGACGUGGAAAGCUUAUUUGAGUUUGUCUGUGGAUUCCAGCUAUCAAUUCGAUUUUCCAUACACAAAGAAGGGCAUCGAUAUUGAUGACGCGUGUGAAAAUGUUAAAAUAAAAUCCAGAAUUGGUCUGAUCAUAUGGAACUGGGGAGAUGACUUCAAGUUAGAACUCAAUGACAUGUACAAAGGAAAGACCUGUGGGCUAUGUGGCAAUAAUGAUGGAAAUCCCUCAAAUGAUCUAGUUUGGCAAGGACAUCCUGUCUUUCCAGCCCUAUUUGGCAAUGUUCACAAGGUCAAUGGGCCUGAAGAUGAUUGUCCAGAUGUCUCAGAAUUUGAAAGUGAAGAGUCUGAAGAGAAAACUUGUAAGCAACAGAGAAUGGAAUGUGAGGAUCUCCUUUCAAGAAUGGGUAACUGCAAAGACCAUUUGGAGUCAUAUCUAGAUUAUCUCCAGACGUGCAUGGAAGACCUGUGCGAUUGUGCAUCUCUAAACAAGACAAUAUGCAUUUGCAGCACCUUGAACCAGUUCUCCAAAGAAUGUGUCCUUGCUGGUGGGCAUCCUGGCAACUGGCGCCACCCUGGUUUGUGCUUUACACAAUGCCCAACGAGCAUGUUGUUUUAUGAAUGUGUUUCACCCUGUCCCGACACAUGUUCCAAACCUGAUGCAAGUGAAUUAUGCAGUGAACCGUGUUCUGAGGGAUGCUCCUGUCCUCCAGGAACUGUUCUGGAUGAUAUUAAUCACCAUAAACAGUGUGUGAAACAGAUCAAUUGUCCUUGUGUUCAUGGUGGGAAGAUAUUUGAACCGAAUGAGAAAUAUUCCACUGCCUGCCAUGACUGCACUUGCAAGUUUGGUCGUUGGUCUUGUACACAAUUUGCUUGUGCUGCAAACUGCACUCUGAGAGGAGGAUCCCAUAUCAGCACCUUUGAUGCAAGGGAGUUUACCUUCCAUGGAAAUUGCCAGUACUUAAUCGCCAAGGAUACUGAUAAAAAAUUUGCUGUAUCUGCCAAGAUUGUCCAGUGCGGACUUUCAGAAACUGUCACUUGCUUGAAUGCUGUCUACAUCACCAUAGGGAAGGUGAAUAUAAAAAUUUGCUAUUGUGGCAAUGUAUACAUCAACAAUUUUGUAACUCUGCUGCCCAAGUAUAAAGAUGGCGUCAUUCUCUAUAGGCCUACUUCUGAUGUUGUCAACGUGAUUUCGCCAUUUGGCAUGACUGUUCAGGUCAACAUUAAGCCUGUAUUUCACCUCUCCAUUAGUGUUGAGCACACAUUUAAAAAUAAAAUGACAGGAAUCUGCGGGAACUUUAAUGGAGCCCAGGCUGAUGACAUGAAAACGCUGAGUGGUGUUUUGGAGACAUCUGCUUCAUCCUUCAGCAACUCGUGGAAAUCACAAGCUCUGUGCUCUGAUGCGGCUGACAACUUUAAUAACCCCUGCACCAACAGCAUCGACAGAGAACAAUUUGGAAACCAUUGGUGCACACUUCUAACAAACACCAAUGACGUCUUUGCAGGAUGCCAUUCAUAUCUUGACCCCCAUUCUUAUUUUAAGCGCUGCAUGUAUGAUGUGUGCAACUCUGACCAUGCUGAGAAUUCUCUGUGCAUGUGGCUGUCUGUGUACGUCUCAGAUUGUAAACACAGAGGAGUAAACCUAGAGGGAUGGAGAAAGAAAGUCUGCGAUCCUAAGGAGACUUGUCCUGAGACCAUGGUGUUCAGCUAUAACCCAAAGCCCUGUAACUUUACUUGUGCCUCUUUGUCUGAGCCUGACCCUUUGUGCAAAGUCACCCAUAUUCCAGUAGAGGGUUGCACAUGCCCAGAGGGAACCUUUCUGACACCGAAUGAGAAGUGCGUGACUCCUAACAAAUGUCCCUGCAAUUACAAAGGUCGUGGUGUACCCCCUGAUGAAGCUAUUAAAGUGGAUGAAAUCCUAUGCAAAUGCGUACUGGGGAAACUUCACUGUCCUACACCUUUUGGUCUCACAGCCGUGUGCGCCAAACCAAUGUAUUAUUUUGACUGCGAAACAGCUGACCCAAAUGCAGUCGGAUCAGAGUGUCAGAAAAGUUGUAAGACACAGGACAUGCAGUGUUACAGCAAGGAAUGUGUACCAGGAUGUGUCUGUCCUAGUGGUUUAGUUUGGGAUGACAAAGGCAACUGUAUUUUACCAAGCCAAUGCCCCUGUGUAUAUGAAGGAAAAUUCUACGAGACAGGAGAGAGCAUUGAUAUACCCUGCAACACAUGCACAUGCAAGAACAGAACCUGGCAUUGCACGGAAAACCCCUGCCCCCAAACUUGCACAGUAUAUGGGAAUGGUCACUACUCCACCUUUGAUGGAUCCCGAUUUGACUUCAGUGGGGAAUGUGAUUAUAUCUUAGCCCAGGACUUUUGCCCUGGCAAUACAAAUGAUGGGAGCUUCCGAAUCAUCAUUGAAAAUAUUGUAUGCGGAGAGGCUGAAUCCAUCUGCUCUCUUGGCAUCAAGAUCAUCUUAGGGAAUACAACCCUUGAACUCUUUGAAGGUCGGGUGGAAGAGUCUAUCAGAGAGUCUAACAACAGCAAUUUCUAUACAAUAGAUAUAGUUGGACUUUUCAUUGUGCUGAAUACCACUCAUGGUCUCACCUUCAUGUGGGACCAGAAAACCACAGCUAUUGUCCAACUUUCACAGUCAUUCAAGGGACACGUUUGUGGACUCUGUGGGAACUUUGAUGGCCUCUCAGUUAAUGACUUUACUUCUUCGUGGCAGUCUUUGGAGGAGAAUGAAAAAGUGUUUGCAGACAGCUGGAAAGUGACUCUGAGUUGUAACAGUGCCGUACGGGAAAAUAAUUGUUUCACCAACCCCUUUAGGUUCCCCUGGGCUCAAAAACACUGCAGCAUCAUUAAAAGUGAAGUCUUUGCUUCCUGUCAUGCAAAGGUUGAUCCGAUCCCAUAUUAUGAUUCCUGUGUCACUGACUCUUGCAGCUGUAACAAUGGUGGAGAUUGCGAGUGCCUCUGCACCUCUAUAGCAGCCUAUGCUUCUGCCUGCAGGAGAAGCAACAUUUGUAUUGCAUGGAGGACUCCAGACAUUUGCCCUGUAUUCUGUGAUUACUACAACAAAGAUGGACAAUGUGAAUGGCACUAUCAGCCUUGUGGUGCUCCUUGCCUGGUAACUUGCAGAAAUCCCAUGGGAAAGUGUGAUAAUGAAACCCAGCAACUUGAAGGAUGCUACCCAAUAUGUAGUAAGACUAAUCCUUAUUUUGACGAGAACACCAAACACUGUGUCCCGGUUUUGAACUGUACUACUUGUGUUUCAGAAGAAGAGCUUUGCAAUGAAAGAUCUGCAGAGUGCCUUUGCUGCCAUGAGGGAAAGACAUAUCGUUUCUUACAGGAGAUCUCUGUCAUACACGAGGGAAAAAGCUGUGUGAUUGGAUAUUGUGGCGCUGACGGAGACAUCAUUUUAACAUCCACCAUCUGUGGUGUCAGCACCACAGUAUCUACACCUGCACCUGAAAGUAUUCCAGGUUCUCCUUCUACAAGUAAGAUGCCAACCUCAGAAAUCUUGCUUACAAGCAAAGCAAGUUCUACUCUGUCUGCUCCCAUGAAAACCUCUACUGUGAUUCCUGGGAUUUCAAGAACCAGUGAGGGAACCACCCAUCUUACAACACCUUUUCAAUACUCAUCAACACAAAUCUUUGUGUCAUUGACAAAUUUUUCUAGAGUAUUAAUUACAACCAAGGGUGUUUCAUCUGCAACCACCCCCUCAAUAGGAAAUGAAAAUACCUCUCCAACAACACAAGAAACUCACAGCAGAACCCAUGAGCCUAUCUAUAUACCUGUUACAACACAAUAUAUCACAACUACUGUCCCAGCAUCAGGAAAGAAAUCAACCCUACUUACAACAAUUCCAGCAGUCUUCUCCACAAGUGCCACUACGUCUGCUAUUUCAUCCAAUUCCACAACAUCUUUGAAGACUACAGUAAAAGGACUGAGUGAAAAGACCACGUUUACAUUUACAACAUCAUUAGUCUCAAAAGAAAGAGAGAAUGUUACACAACUACUUACAGGACCAACAUUGACAGCUUCGGCACCCCAUGUUACAAUACCACCAGCAGGGGACUGCCUAAUGGUGACAAAUAAUGAAUAUAUAUCAAAGGGAGAAUGCACCACACAGGAGAUGGUAUCAGUGAAUUAUUGCUCUGGACAUUGUGCCACAUUUGCAAGAUAUUCACAUGAAGCUGAAAUGAUCACUCGACGGUGUUCCUGUUGCGCUGAGACACAAAAAAGCAGUAGAAAAGUUCAGCUGCACUGUCCAAAUGGAACUGUGUCAUCCUAUAUGUACAUUCAUGUGGAGCAGUGUUCCUGCAUACAAGUAAAGUGUUUCGAGGAAACUGUCGGCAACCCUUAAGAACGGGGAAUGGACUGUCAAGCUCUUCUUAUAUGUUUCAAAUCCUCAUCAUUUUUGUAUGAUUUGAGCAAAGGGAGAGAUCAACAUUACCAUUAUGUUUUCAUUUAGAAAGAAAGAUUCUCACAUAUGACAUACCUUGUAUCAUGAUAAUACACACAAAUUAACAUUUUAUUCAAUAACAUAUACCUAAAAUUUUAGAAUUUCUCCUGCAAAAUGUUUUGCAAAUGUACAAUGCUAUAGUUCAAUAAAAGAUAAUGUAUUAUAUCUAGUUCAUCAACCUACAUUACUGUUGCUUUAAUUAUACAGAAUUCUUGGGUGAUCAUAAGAAAU